AUUGUCCAUUUUCGGAACAGUUUUUAGCAGCGACGAAGCGGCGGAUGUUUUGACUUGGAAGUUUUGGUGAAAGUGGGAUGUCUGAAAAUUUGUUGUUUCCCGGCUCGUCGCUGCGAAUUGAACUUCGGUUUUCUCCAUUCACAUCUGGCCGGCUAUCUUGCCGUGUUAGCUGUUAGCCGUUGAGUUAGCCUAGCAGGAGCUGCGGGACUCCCUCUUGACUGUAAUAGCUACGCUCAGGAUGGUGGACAAGAGUAUCUACAUAGUCCAAGGUGAGAUUAGCACUGUAGUUGGUGCCAUCAAGAGGAACUCUAGAUGGAAUACCCACACUCCAUUGGAUGAAGAGCAAGAUCCACUGCUCAACAGCUUCAGCCAGCUCAAGGAGAUACUCAAUGGCAUAAAAGAGCUGAAUGAUGUGGAGCCGAAUGUGUUCCUGAGGCCCUUCCUGGAAGUCGUGCGUUCUGAGGACACCACUGGACCAAUCACAGGCCUCGCCCUCACCUCAGUCAACAAGUUUCUUUCCUAUGGCAUCAUUGAUGCUAACCAUGAGGCCGCAGCGGAGGCCAUCGAGAACAUGGCAGACGCUGUCACCCACGCCAGAUUUGUGGGAACGGACCCUGCCAGUGAUGAAGUAGUACUUAUGAAAAUCCUGCAGGUUCUCAGGACUUUGCUGCUGACGCCAGUUGGCGCUCACCUGACCAAUGAGUCUGUUUGUGAAAUAAUGCAGUCCUGCUUCCGAAUCUGCUUUGAGAUGCGCCUCAGUGAGCUCCUGAGGAAAUCGGCAGAGCACACACUCGUCGACAUGGUACAGCUACUGUUCUCCAGACUACCUCAGUUCAAAGAGGAGGCCAAGAGUUUAGUGGGGACCAACAUGAAGAAGCUGAAGAUGCGUGCGGGUGGGAUGAAUGAGUCAUCUAAAUGGAAGAAGCAGAAACGCUCACCAAGGCCACCACGGCACAUGGUGAGAAGCCCUUCGGGUCAAAUGGAUCCGGCCCAAUCCACCACCUUGAGCAACAACAACCUAUCAGGUGGAGUACCGUUCAUAGAGCCAGGCUCCGCCUCCAGCAUACAUGCAUCAGACAGCGCUGGCUCCUCCAUCUCCAGCCCCGCUACCACAGAUAGUGGUCUGGAUGCUUGUUCCAAGGCCACCUCCAGUGAAGACCUGACUGACCUGGAGCAGAACAGCUCGGCUGCCACCACACCAGGGAUGGAGCCUGGCAGGUUGGAUGCACAGUCCGAGGGCACAUACGGGGAACAUGCUCAGUCAGCCUCAGUCGAGUCCAUACCUGAGGUUAUAGAGGACAAAGGGUCUAUCACAGAGCAGUCAGACAGUGCCUCUGUCCAUGACAUGGACUACGUCAACCCCCGAGGUGUCCGCUUCACACAGUCCACGCAGAAAGAUGGAUCAUCUCUCAUCCCGUAUGGUCUUCCAUGUCUGCGGGAGCUUUUUCGCUUCCUCAUCUCCCUCACCAACCCCCACGACCGCCACAACACAGACGCCAUGAUGCACAUGGGCCUGCAGCUGCUGACUGUGGCGCUAGAGUCUGCACACAUCGCCAACUACCAGUCACUGUUGGGUCUGGUCAAAGACGAGCUCUGCAGACACCUCUUCCAGCUGCUGAGUGUAGACCGUAUGAACCUCUACGCUGCCUCGAUAAGAGUCUGUUUCCUGCUUUUCGAGAGCAUGAGGAUGCAUCUCAAGUUCCAGCUUGAGAUGUACCUGAAGAAGCUGAUGGACAUCAUCACAUCAGAGAACAUCAGGAUGCCCUAUGAGAUGAAAGAGAUGGCCCUUGAGGCGCUGGUGCAGCUUUGGAGAAUCCCCAGCUUUGUCACCGAGCUCUACAUCAACUACGACUGUGACUUCUACUGUUCCAACCUGUUUGAGGACCUCACCAAGCUGCUGUCAAAGAACGCAUUCCCAGUGUCGGGGCAACUUUACACCACCCACCUCCUGUCACUAGAGGCUCUGCUGACAGUGAUUGACAGCACUGAGGCCCAUUGCCAGGCCAAGGUGCUCAGCAGUACGUUGCAGCAGGACCAGUCAGACACCUUGCUGGCAGAAGUGCAGACUUCAGCUAUGACCAGCACAGACACAGCAGCAAACAGUAGAUUGGGGAGCAGUUCCAACGGGCAGACUGUGCCAGAAGCUGAUAGGACCGCUGUGUACCCACCAACCAGUGGGUUUUUGAUGGCAGAUAAGAUGAGACUGGGUAGACAAGAUCAGGAGGAGACUGGCACUGCUGAGAGGAAACCUCCAAAGAAGCCUCAGCAUUUCUCUUCCUGCUUACCAGAUUCACAAGAAUUAAUGGAAAUAAAAACGAAGAAGAAGCUGCUCAUCACCGGUUCAGAGCAGUUUAACGGGAAGCCCAAGAAGGGUAUCCAGUUCCUGCAGGAGAAGGGACUCCUCAGCAGUCCCAUGGACAAUAACCAGGUAGCCCAGUGGCUCCGGGAGAACCCGCGACUGGACAAGAAGAUGAUCGGGGAAUUCAUCAGCGACCGCAAGAACAUGGAGCUCCUGGACAGUUUUGUCAACACGUUCACCUUCCAGGGACUGCGUAUCGAUGAGGCCCUGCGUCUCUACUUGGAGGCCUUCAGGCUACCCGGAGAGGCUCCAGUUAUCCAGAGGCUUCUCGAAACCUUCACUGACAACUGGCAUAAAGUGAACGGCUCUCCUUUCAUGACUAAUGAUGCAGGCUUUGCACUAGCCUAUGCUGUUAUCAUGCUCAACACUGAUCAGCACAACCACAACGUCCGCAAGCAGAACAUCCCCAUGACCGUAGAGCAAUUCAAGAAGAACCUGAAGGGCGUAAAUGGAAACAAAGACUUUGACCAGGACAUGCUGGAGGAUAUCUACAAUGCUAUCAAGAAUGAGGAAAUUGUGAUGCCAGAUGAGCAGAUCGGUUUGGUGAAGGAGAACUACGUGUGGAGUGUGCUGCUGCAUCGUGGUGCCACAACAGAGGGCAUCUUCCUCCAUGUGCCGGCCGGCAGCUAUGACCACGACCUGUUCACCAUGACCUGGGGCCCCACCAUCGCUGCCCUGUCCUAUGUCUUUGACAAGAGCCUGGAUGACACCAUCAUCCAGAAAGCUAUUGCCGGUUUCAGGAAAUGUGCCAUGAUCUCAGCACACUACGGCUUCAGUGACGUCUUUGACAACCUCAUCAUCUCCUUGUGCAAGUUCACCACUCUCAGCAGUGAGUCUCUUGAGAACCUUCCUACGGUGUUUGGCAGUAACGGGAAGGCCCAGAUCGCAGCGAAGACGGUGUUCCACCUGGCUCAUCGCCAUGGCGACAUCCUUAGGGAGGGUUGGAAGAACAUCAUGGAGUCCAUGCUGCAGCUCUUCAGGGCUGAGCUCCUGCCCAAAGCUAUGGUUGAGGUUGAGGAUUUUGUUGAGCCAAACGGAAAGAUUUCUCUCCAGAGAGAGGAAACUCCUUCAAACCGCGGGGAGUCGGCAGUCCUUAGUUUCGUUAACUGGCUGACGCUGAGCGGAGCGGAACAGUCUGGACUCAGAGGACCUUCUACAGAAAACCAGGAGGCCAAGCAGGCCGCCAUCCUCUGUAUCAAGCAAUGUGACCCAGAGAAACUGAUCACAGAGAGUAAAUUCCUUCAGCUGGAGUCUCUACAGGAGCUAAUGAAGGCUCUGAUAUCUGUCACCCCUGAUGAGGAAACCUAUGACGAAGAGGACGCUGCCUUCUGCCUGGAGAUGCUGCUCCGUAUUGUUCUGGAGAACCGAGACCGUGUAUCAUGUGUGUGGCAGACUGUGCGGGACCACCUCUGUCACCUGUGUGUCCACGCCACUGAGAGCUGUUUCCUGGUGGAGCGGGCUGUGGUGGGGCUCCUCAGACUGGCCAUCCGCCUGCUGCGACGAGAGGACAUCAGCUCCCAGGUGCUCCUGUCUCUGCGUCUCCUGCUGAUGAUGAAGACACACGUCUUAUCACGAGUGAGCAGGGAGGUGGCCUACGGCCUUCAUGAGCUGCUCAAGACAAACGCAGCCAACAUCCACUGUACAGACGACUGGUUCACGCUCUUCACCCUGCUGGAGUGCAUCGGAGCUGGAGUUAAACCUCCUGCCUCCUUCCAGCUGGCCUCCAACACCACGGACAAUGACGCAGGUGCCCAGUCAGAUAGCGAGUUGUCGUCCCACCAUCCAAGUGAAGUGAGUCUUGAACGAGGAUAUACCUCUGACUCAGAGGUUUAUACUGAGAAGUCCAGGAUCCCUCGCUCCGCUACAGAUGUUGAUGUAGCCAGCAGUGGGUGGCUGGUGGUUGGUAAAGAUGACCUGGAGACUAGUAAGACACUACCUGGAGGCUCGAAGGCUCCCCUUGGCCACCCACUGGUCAACCAGUACAGCCUGACUCUGGGCCAGGACCUUGGCCAGCAUGAUACCAAGUCCCUCAUCAAGUGUGUGGAGACGCUGUCGUUCAUUGUACGCGACGCUGCCCACGUCACCCCCGAUAACUUUGAGCUGUGUGUCAAAGCCAUCCGUAUGUUUGUGGAGGCCAGUCUCAAUGGUGGUUACCGCAACCACGACAAGAAGAAAAGCCACAAAUAUGACUCCUCCAAGUCCAGGCUGAGGAAGAAGGCAGGCGGGCGUGAGAAGGAGGGUGGGGGCACCACAAGGCGGGGUGGCAGCCGGGCCUCCAGCCACCGCCCCUCCCGUUCCCACAGCGAUGAGGAGGAAGAUGAGGGUGUGCCGGCCAGCUACCACACGGUGUCAUUACAGCUGUUAGACCUGAUGCACACACUGCACACCCGGGCAGCCAGUAUCUACAACUCCUGGGCAGAGGAGCAGCACCACCUUGAGACCUCAGGCAAGAAGAUCGAAGCCGACUCUCAGACCUUAUGGACGAGUUGCUGGUGCCCCCUGCUGCAAGGCAUCGCCUGGCUGUGCUGUGAUGCCAGACGGCAGGUCCGUAUGCAGGCCCUCACCUACCUCCAGAGGGCGCUGCUGGUACAUGACCUGCAAACACUAGACGCCACCGAGUGGGAGUCGUGCUUCAACAAGGUGCUUUUCCCUUUGCUUACAAAGCUGCUUGACAACAUCAGUCCAGCAGAUGUGGGCGGUAUGGAGGAGACCAGAAUGAGGGCCUGCACACUACUUUCUAAGGUCUUCUUGCAGCACCUGUCUCCUCUGUUGUCUCUCCCCACCUUUGCUGCCCUGUGGCUCACAAUCCUGGACUUCAUGGACAAGUACAUGCACGCUGGAUCCAGUGACCUGCUGCUGGAGGCCAUCCCAGAGUCCUUGAAGAACAUGCUGCUGGUAAUGGACACGGCAGGGAUAUUUCACAGCGCCGAUUCUAGGACCGGUUACUCGGACCUGUGGGAGAUCACCUGGGAGCGCAUCGUUUUCUUCCUACCGCGUCUGAGGGAGGAGCUCUUCAAACAGACCGUCAUACAAGAUCCAGCCCCCGCUGCUCCAGCAGAACCUCCCCACCCGCCUGGCCUGAGAGGCCAGCCCCCCUCCCCUCAGCUCUCUUCACCCUCUGUCCAGCCCUCCAACCUUACACCAGCAUCAGGACCAGUACCAAUCCCAGGGUCCGUCAGCCUAGCAGAGCCAAAGACCCCCAGCAGGCCAGGAUCGCCCCAGGAGCCUCCACCACCGAGUGCCAACGGAACGGAUAGAUCAUCCCCAGCUCCCCCGUCCACUCCUCCAAUGUCGGCCACAGUGAAGACGUCUCCAACCCAGACACCGUCUCCGAUGAGUCAGUCCCCACUCAUUCUGCAGCCGCUCGCCUCGCCGCUCCAAGUGGGUGUGCCGCCCAUGUCCCUGCCCAUCAUCCUCAACCCUGCUCUCAUUGAGGCCACCUCCCCCGUGCCACUGCUGCCUGGCCCCCGGCCCACCAGCCCUUCAGAUGAAGUCAAGUAGAGCCACUGUCCACCUUCGUCUCGCCAACAAGAGAUGCAGCUCUGUCCGGUCCGUCAUCUUCCUGCCAACACACAACUGGCCCGGUCCCCAUUGCCGGCUGCUCUGCAGAACCCUCUCAGUAUCGCCGGCGCAGAUAGAGCCCCCCUGUACACGCAUGGUGUAUGGUAAACACCUACCAGCUGGGCUGAAACACCCAUCUCUGCCUCGAUGCCAUCAACAACUUCACCACAUCAGCUUCCAGACGUGUUGGGAUCAUGUGAUGUUUAUUUUAAUGAGUACGAAGCGAGACAAGUAAUUUGUUGAAUUACUCUGGUUUUAAGUUCCACACCUCUCCAGAGCCCCCCCCCCCCAAUAAUUUAUUAGGUCAUAACAAAGUGGAACUCAGCGCUAUGCUAGUAUGCCUGUGCUUAUUAUGACUGUAGAGAUUUGGACCGGGGAUGUUUAAAACCUUGGUGAAUAAAUUGUUUUUUGGUACUGCAUGUUGUUGACUGAGUAGGAUGAGCAGAAGUGACUAUGAAGAUGUUGUCAGUGGCAGGGCGCUGCGUAAUGGCCCAUGAGAUUAUUGUUUUACAUCAUCGUACCAGUGAGAAGAAACUGUCAAACUUAAAGAUAUUCAACAUGACAAAAGCAAAUGUAGUUAAUAGCCAACCUGGCAUUUGGACUUGGUGGUCAAACACUGCUGAAUCAUGUGGAGCUCAGAGCAGCAGAACUUGUCCCCCAGUUUAUUUUUGUGUGUUUGAAUGAGUGAAUGAUGUUCGUUGACCUUGUUUGCCCACAAGAACUAAAAAACAAGUUAUGAUUCAGGAAAGUACAAGUGUGCUCAACAGAAAAAGGGGGUUUUGUUCACUGGACUGGAGAUGAUGACGAGCGACAUCCAUCUAGCACAUUCCAAAAUGUAGAUAUCUGAUUUCAAGGUGGACGGUCGGUCCAUCCUCUGGAGGGAAGUAUAUAUGUAUGUGAUAUGCGCGUUAACUUUGAUAGAUCUAAAUAGCCUUUCAUGGUAUGAGCUAACGAUGAGAUUAUUUAAAAGAGUUCAAGUAUUUUGAGUUUUCGUCAUGUUUGUCAGGGUGUGAUGGUGUCUUGUGUGUGUCACUCGGUCAGUCAUCAAAGCGUACAUCACUGAUAGCCCAAUUCUGAGGACCUGCUCAUGUAAAUGUGCUGUUAGGACUGGAUGACGUCAUAUCAGGAAGAAAAACCCUGUCCAACGUGGUGAACAUAUUUUUUGCAUGUUGUGUACAAUGAGAUGUGCUAUAAUAUAUUGAUAGCAGAGCAAGAUGAGGAAGAGGGUGCAGAUCGAGGGCCAGAUUCAGAACCACGUGCCAGGUGUCUCUCAUAAAGUAAGUUAGUGAUUGGGUUAAUGCUCCUCUAUCGUCUCUACUGAUGGUUUAGGUUUACACAAACGCCUCCUCUUUAUCUGAAACCUGGCCUGAGAUCUCAUCCUUUACAUUUUGUCUUAUUUAUUACGCUAGGAAAGAGAAGCUGGGAGUGUCCCAUCGCAGUGCAACUGACAGUCAGUCUAACACUAUUGUUGUACUAAUAUAACUGCCUUACAUCUGAGCUGACAGGAUGCCGUCACCUUCCACAGGUUCACCACAACCCGAGAGAGAAAAACCCUUCUGGCCCGAACACGUUCGUUUGUUUUUAGCCCUUCGUUCAUUCUUAGUCAUGCCAGCAGCGGAUUCUUGCUUGAACAUGAAAACUACAUGAAUAUAAUGUAUAUACAAAUGAAAUGUAAUGUACUUUUUACAGUGUAUUAAACUAUUGUA